CAAAAACUUGUCCGACACAGUUUUGGCUUGUGUGGUGGGCAGUGAGCAGUUUUUGUUUCCUCUUCUAAUCCCCUGCAGUAACUGCAGCACUGGGAGCGUGAAGUAGAAAGUGAAAGAGAGAAGGGACUGUGUGGACUCUCUCCCUCCACGUACUUUAAGAGCUUUUCUACUUCAGCCAACAUCCUGAAGCAGGGCACUCUGCACUCCACCCCUCCGCUGCAGACCAGCACAUGGACUCCAGCAGCUUGAGGAGCAGGCGGUGAGGAAAGCAACUUUUCAGAAGAGGUGAAACGGUGGGAGGGAGGUCCGCGGCUGGUUUCCUGGACGGUGCUGCAUGAGCUGGCUCGGUGUCGGAGGUGCAAUAGGAAGCAAUCCCCUCUUCCUGUGUGUGUUUUCUGUCUGCACUCACGAGGAACACUGGGCUCAAGGACUUUCUGGAUGCGACGGCCAAAAAGAGGCAGAGCAGCCAAAAGAGAGAGAGACAGUGAGAGGGCAAACAGGAGGACGACGGUCACAGAUUGCGAAGGGAAAGGCGCCGACAAGGAAGAGGGGAAGCACACCUGACCCACUCGUGUCCUCCGCCAGGUGGAGUUACCUUCUUCUCCCCCUCGCCUGCCUCCCUCCCCCUCCCCUCCUCCCCCUGACAUGGACCGCCUGCUGACCCUGGCCCUUGUCUACCUGGCCUACCUGCCGGCUGCCGCGAUUGGCUCGGAGCGCCAGCGGCACCACGUUCAGCACGGCCCCUGCAGCUACACCUUCGUCCUGCCCGAGGUGGAGCACUGCCGUCCCCAGAAGGACUUCCAGGUCACCAACACCCUCCAGAGGGACUCCCCAGCCGAGGGGGAGCCUGACAGGAGUCAGUCUGAGCAGGUCAAGGCCCAAAAGGAGAGGCCUUCCUGGCAGGAGACGAAGCUAGAGAGCCUGGAGAGCGCCAUGGAGAACAACACACAGUGGCUUCAGAAGCUGGAGAACUUCAUCCAGGAGAAUGUGCGCUCUGGGAUGGAGGAAAUGAAGAGAACCGCCGUGCACACCCAGACAGCUGCCAUGCUUGAGAUGGGAACGAACCUUCUCAGCCAAUCGGCAGAGCAGACCCGCAAGCUGACAGACGUCGAGACCCAGGUGUUGAAUCAGACAAGUCGCCUGGAAAUCCAGCUGCUCGAGUACUCACUCUUCACUAACCGGCUAGAGAAGCAUAUUCUCCUGCAGACCCAGGAGAUCUCACGCCUCAGUGAUAAAAAUAGUUUUCUGGAACAGAGGCUCUUAGCGCUGGAGGCUCGGUAUGGGAGGGAGCUGCAGGGCCUGCAAGGGGAGAAGCAGCAGCUUCAAGAGCUACUGGAGAGUCAAAGUCAACUGGUCAGUCAGCUCCAGGGAGAGCUGGGCAGCUCCACGCUCAACAGCACCUUGCUUCAGAGACAGCAGGCCAUGCUCACGGACACUGUGCAGCAGCUGUUGGCUAUGGUCAAACACUGCAAUGAAAUCUCCAACGUGCCAGCGGAGGAGCCGGUUAGUUUCAGGGACUGUGCAGAGAUCCUGCGUUCCGGGGCGACAGAGAGUGGAAUAUAUAGCAUACGUCUUCCUAACUCCACCCAGACUGUCAAGGUGUUCUGUGAUAUGAAAACCAGAGGUGGCGGGUGGACGGUGUUCCAACAUCGGCACAACGGCUCGCUUGACUUCUAUCGUGGGUGGAAGGACUACAAACUGGGCUUUGGAGAGCCAUCUGGGGAACACUGGCUGGGGAAUGAUAUCAUCCACAAGCUGACCAGCUCCCAGGAAUACAGCCUGCACAUCCAGCUGAAGGACAGGGAGGGGAACGAGGCUUUCUCGCAUUACGAUCGUUUUUACAUCGAUGGAGAGGAAAGCAACUACAGUCUUCACGCUGAGGGCUUCAGUGGCACAGCAGGACGGACCAGCAGCUUCGCCCAAACUGGCACCCAGUUCAGCACCAAGGACAGAGACAACGACCGCUGCACCUGCAAGUGUGCACAGCUAGCAUCUGGAGGUUGGUGGUUUGGAGCCUGUAGUCCAUCCAACCUGAAUGGCAUAUAUUACCCGGCCUCAUCCAGCGUGAUUCCCUACAAUGCCAUCAAGUGGUACUACUGGAAGGGUCCAAAUCUAGUGGCUACUCUGACAACCAUGAUGGUGCGACCUGCAAACUUCUAAGGACCAGGCUCAUUCGGAGAAUCAAGUCACAUAAUACAAGUCACUCUUGAUGAAUAUGACAAACACCAAAGAGAUUCUGGACAUCUUAGAGAGAUUCCUGAGCAAAUGCCUGACUACAGUAUGUGAAGACUUACUGCAAAUUACUGUGGUUCAGUUCAGUUCCUGAUAAAUUAAUGCAAAAAUAACAACAUACUGUGCGUGCCAAAAAUAUAUUUCGAUAAAAGAGUCUAGGUGAGAGAGAAAAAGAAAAAGAUGUUAGCUUAGCGGCAAAUAAUGAGACACAUUUUUGCAACACUUAUUUUUUUUAUAUUUGUGUGAUUGUUUACUGUGAAAUAAAUCAACGUGACCUAUACUGUAGCUACAGCCUUUUUGCAUAGUUUACAAAAUUAGAGUUUGAAAUAAUCUAAAGUUAAAAUGUGUCCAUUUUCCUCUAAAUGAUUUUUGGAUGUACUGUACAGUACUAUUAACUACCCUACAGUAACCUCAAUAUAUUAUAUUUGUAAUAACACAAUGUCACAAAGAACAAACACAGCAGGCUUAACCUUUGCUGGACUUUCCUAAGGGAUUUUCAAAGUAAAGCAUUCCUGAAUCUUUCUUGUCACACCUCUCAUAAAAACGUUGUAAGGGAUUUUACUCAUAAAAAGUCAUAUAAUUUCA